AAUACACUUUCCUCUGAUAUCUGUUCCUUUCAGCCAAUGGAAAUAUAUGUUGAUGAUGAAGCCAAAUUGACUCUUCAUGGGCUUGUCCAGCACUACAUCAAACUGAGCGAGAUGGAGAAAAUCCGCAAGUUGAAUGACCUUCUUGACGCAUUGGACUUCAAUCAAGUUGUCAUAUUUGUAUAGAGCGUUAGCAGAGCUCGGGAGCUGAACAAGCUGCUUAUUGAAUGCAAUUUCCCCUCAAUAUGCAUUCACUCUGGCAUGUCUCAGGAAGAGAGGCUGACUCACUACAAAAGUUUCAAGGAAGGGCACAAGAGAAUACUGGUGGCGACAGACUUGGUAGGGAGAGGCAUUGACAUUGAGAGAGUCAACAUUGUCAUCAACUAUGACAUGCCAGACUCUGCUGAUACAUAUCUCCACAGGGUACAAGCCAGGUUCGAGGUUGAUAUAAAGCAACUUCCUGAGAAUAUUGAUACUUCUACUUACAUGCCGUCCUAAAUGACUUUGAGAUCACAGACAAGCUGCUUUUGU